AGGAGUCACAUAGAGAUGGUGAAGAGAUUCAAGAUAUGGGCCUACAAGGAAGGAGAGCUACCCUUGUUUCACAAUGGGCCGAUGACAUACAUCUACUCUAUUGAGGGCCAAUUCAUGGACGAAUUAGAUACCAGUGGAAAAAGCCCAUUUCUGGCCCGUCAUCCUGAUGAGGCCCAUGCAUUCUUCAUACCUGUAAGCGUGAAAAGAAUUGCUGAUUUUCUCUAUGAACGGCCUAAUCCUCACGUGUUCCACGGUCGAUUGGUCAGAAUUGUCACAGAUUAUGUCAACGUUGUAGCUCAAAAAUACCCCUUUUGGAAUAGGAGCAGUGGAGCUGACCAUUUUAUGGUCUCUUGUCAUGAUUGGGCGCCAGAAAUUGUAUAUGAUGACCCUAAGUUCUUCAAGCAUUUUAUGCGUGUGCUAUGCAACGCCAACAUUUCAGAAGGAUUUAUGCCCAUAAGAGAUGUCUCAUUGCCAGAAUAUAACUUACCAAUGAAAAGUGACAAUCUCGGACCACCCCGCCUAGGCCGCCCCGCGGAAGACCGCCCAAUCCUCGCCUUCUUCGCCGGAGGCGCCCACGGAGACAUCAGAAAGUUCUUGUUUGAGCAUUGGAGGGACAAAGACAAGGAAGUUCAGGUUCAUGAGUACCUUCCCAAGGGAACAAACUACCACCAAAUAAUGGGACAGACCAAAUUUUGCUUGUGCCCAAGUGGCUCAGAAGUUGCGAGUCCUAGAGUUGUGGAGGCAAUUUAUGCAGGGUGUGUCCCGGUUCUCAUUUCUUACAACUAUUCGUUACCCUUCGGAGAGGUUCUUGAUUGGAGCAAGUUUUCGAUACAAAUUUCUCCGACGAGAAUAUCGGAGCUCAAGACAAUCUUGAGGGCAGUUCCGCAUUCAAAGUUCUUGAAGUUGCAGAAAAGGGUAAUGCAAGUGCAAAGGCAUUUUGAACUCAACAGACCAGCUAAGCCAUAUGAUGUGUUCUACAUGGUGCUUCACUCACUGUGGCUUAGAAGGCUCAAUAUUGGCCUACCACAUUGAUUAACAAUUUUUUUAUUUUUUAUUUAUUUUUUGAUAAAUUACAUUGAUUUGAUUGCU